CGCAAACUUCCCGGACCGGCGCGGGCGCGGCGGCGGCGGCGGCGGCGGCGGCGGCAGCGGGGCCCGAAUGGGCGCCCGAGCCGGCGGCGGCGGCGCCCAUGGACGCUAACCGCCCGGGAGCGUUUGUGCUGAGCAGCGCGCCGCUGGCUGCGCUGCACAACAUGGCCGAGAUGAAGACGUCGCUGUUCCCGUACGCGCUGCAGGGCCCUGCUGGCUUCAAGGCGCCCGCGCUGGGCGGCCUGGGCGCGCAGUUACCGCUUGGUACUCCGCAUGGCAUCAGCGACAUCCUGGGGCGGCCGGUGGGCGCAGCGGGCGGCGGCCUCUUGGGCGGCCUGCCCCGCCUCAACGGGCUCGCCUCGUCGGCCGGCGUCUACUUCGGGCCCGCGGCCGCCGUGGCGCGCGGCUACCCCAAGCCACUGGCCGAGCUGCCUGGGCGUCCGCCCAUCUUCUGGCCCGGCGUGGUUCAGGGCUCGCCCUGGAGGGACCCGCGCCUGUCUGGCUCGGCCCAGACCGGCGGGGUCCUGGACAAGGACGGCAAGAAGAAGCACUCGCGGCCGACCUUCUCGGGCCAGCAGAUCUUCGCGCUGGAGAAGACCUUCGAGCAGACCAAGUACCUGGCGGGCCCCGAGCGCGCGCGGCUCGCCUACUCUCUGGGCAUGACCGAGAGCCAGGUGAAGGUGUGGUUCCAGAACCGCCGGACCAAGUGGCGCAAGCGGCACGCGGCGGAGAUGGCCUCGGCCAAGAAGAAGCAGGACUCGGACGCUGAGAAGCUGAAGGUGGGCGGCUCGGACGCGGAGGACGACGACGAGUACAACCGGCCCUUGGACCCCAACUCGGAUGACGAGAAGAUUACGCGGCUGCUCAAAAAGCACAAACCCUCGAACUUGGCGCUGGUCAGCCCGUGCGGCGGCGGCGCGGGGGACGCCUUGUGAGGACGCGGCCCGGCCAGAGAACCAGGGUAUGGGGCGCGGCCGGCGCCCCGACGCCGCCGCCCGGCGCAGUGUGUAUAUAUAUUUUUACAGAAUAAGUUAUAUGGCGGGCCCGGGCUCGGCGUGGACGCGGGACGCGGGCAGAUCACUUUGUAUAAUCAAUAAAUUAUUUAACACGUCCGCGUCGGAGCCGCGGCUCCCGAGGUUGCACCGCGUGUUUCUUCCAUAUGGAGCCGG